AACUUUUACAGCGAAUAUAUUUUACACACUGCUUAUAAAAUGAAAGUAGGAUUUUGAAAACAAGAACAAGUAUUUGAGAUAAUGGAAAAUCUUUCCAUCGAUUAUAUCCUGCGGGAACUGUCAAGUAUGAAGAUUGCCACGGAUGUGCCCAGGUGUAGACACUGUUUGUCAAAGGUUCUGCAACUCUGUUCGUCAAUAGUUGCUCAGGACUUAUCUCCCUUUCUUCCUCCUGUCGUUAACCUGAUGGCACACUCUGAUCUGCUCAUCAAGAAGUCAGCAUGUCUCAUCCUGACCAAAGUUUCAGAGUGUAAGUCAGAGUUAUUCCUGUUGGCUGUGAAUACUUUGCUGAAGGACAUUGAAGACAGUAACCCAACUGUUAGAGCCCUAUCCCUACACACUCUGUGUGCCAUGAAGCAUGCAACAUUUGUGGAACACCGCUACAGCUCUGUUGUCAAGCUGUUGAGCGACCCUAGCGCCUAUGUGCGACGUGCUGCUGUCAUGUCAGUGGUCACCAUGUAUCACGAUGAGAAAUCGGUAUCCAAAGAUGCUGUUGUUGUUAAUAGGCUGUAUGAACUUGUUCGUGAUGAUGACCCUCUGGUGGUGGUGAACUGUCUGACGGUUUUAGAGGAGAUUCUAGAAUCAGAAGGGGGUGUGGUUUUAAGCAGAAAAAUGGUCGGGUAUCUGGUUAAGCGGUUGGAGUCUUUUACGACUUGGGGUAAAGCAUACGUUAUGAAGCUUCUGCAAAAAUAUAAACCUAAGUCUGAGGAAGAAAUUCUGGACUUAAUGAAUGUUUUGGAUCCGUUUCUAGAUAAUAACUGUGCUACAAUCUCCUUAUAUACCUUGCAGUUCUUUUUGCUGCUGAUCAAAGAUUUGCCUGAUUUUAAAGACGAUGUUUUUCUGAGGUGUCAGAAAAUGUUUCUUGGUGUAUUUACAUGUGGUAACAGUGAGUUAAUAAGCUGCUUUCUAGAUUACUUACAGAAAGAGCACAAACCUGAUAAGAACGCCAUCCAGAAGCUAUUUGCCGACCACUACAAAGUGGUGUUCUGCAAACAAAAAGAGCCAGGUUAUUUAAAAAUUCAAAAACUGAAGUUACUGGUCGAGCUGAUAGAAGAAGAGAAUUUUACUGCAAUUUUGGAAGAAUUAAUUCUCUACAGUUCCGAUAGGGAUCCUCAAGUGUCCAUAUGCUCCAUAGGCUGUCUGAAGAGGUUGGUCCUAGAAUGGCCUGGCGUGAGUACCCAACUCUUGAAAGCUUUUCAUAAGCUUCUGAGAAGUGAGAGAAAUCAUGUGGUGUCCAAUACGCUUCAGGUCCUAGUGACUUUUUCACCUGAAACGCUGAAAAAUUUGUCUGAGGUUUCGACGCAGCUGUGUUUAAUUGCUCAGAAGAUGUCUGAUGCUGAGGCAGUGGUUGCUGUGCUUUAUUUGAUUGGCCAGUUUGAAUUGGAUAAUGCAGACUCACUAGAUGUAAUCGAGGAAUUUAUAAACAAAUUCUCAGAACUUGAUGUCAAAGUGAAAACCCAGCUGUUGAUGACCUCCUUCGCAUUGUUUUGUAAGCAGCCAGCAAUGUUUCAGCCGAUUCUAGCAGAAGUGAUAGAUCUCUGUAUGCAUGAUGACGACUGUGACUUGGUCUACCAGGCCAAGUGCUAUUUCUCUGUUCUCCAUACAGAUGCUCAAACUGCUAUGAAAAUAUUUUGUUAAGCUUCUUUUGACUGAAAACCCUGGUUGAUGACCAGAAAAUUGUUAAUGUAAUUGUUAUGUUCAGACAUCAGAAUCUGAAAAAAUAUCAGACAAAAGUAUAUCUCAAGUCGACUUACUUAUAUAUCAUCACAACAAAAUGAAUAAGUAAAAUAUGUAUAUGUGUUUUUUUUCUUUAAAUUUAAUAUCUGUUUAAUGUAAAGAUGCGAAGUAAACAUACAUUGUGAUGUGUUUUAACCAUCAAUUAGCAUACUGGAUUCUAUCUUCAUUUAAGAGGCCUGAUAGCUGGAUUUCCAGUCAUUACACCCCCAGACAUUACACCCCUAGUCAUUACACCCUCUAAGCAUGGACAUUACACCUCUCAAGGUGUAGUCAUUACACCCCCAAGAUAUUAACAUAAUUGAUUAGAUCACUAAGGUGUGAUCACACCUAUAAAUUAUUGGGGCACACUUCAAUUGAUUAAUGAUGUUCCUGCUUUAAAUAUAUUAUAUUUCAUAUUUGAUUUUGUUUGUGCCGGGUGCCUAUGCUUAAGUCAAUAUCAAUUUGUGUUUCAGUGAUAAAACUCAAAUGAAGAUGCAGAAAAUUAACAUUUACGAAUGCAUUUACUAUUGAAUAUCUGUUUCUAUUGUUUUCUGAUAUAUGCUAAUUAAGCCACACAAUAACAGAUGAGCAGAUUACGUAAAUAUUUGUAAAAUUUUCAGUGGUUCAUAAGUUAUCUAUUGGAAGGUGUGAUCACACCUUACUAAUCUAAUCAAUAUCAUGGAGUGUGUAAUGACUACACCUUGAGAGGUGUAAUGUCCAGGCUUAGAGGGUGUAAUGACUAGGGGUGUAAUGUCUGGGGUAUGUAAUGACUGGAUAGGGCUAGCCGCUGGAAAAGUUGUAUUUCCAUUGCACAUGUGUGUUAAAGUUUUGCAUGUUCCAAUUGUAAUAUGAACGAGAUACAAUGUACAUUAAAAAUGCUUUUAUAA